GAGCCGGGAGCGGGUCCAAGGUCUUCUAUGGGGCCCCGGCCCGGAACUGCCUGCCGAGGAGCUGGCUGUUCCCGCAAGAGGCCCGAGGAGGAGGGAAUGACCGCCGGGCUCCUCACUGCCAGGGACCCGGAGCAAGUGACUUUUGAGGACGUGGUCGUGGAGUUCACCUGGGAGGAGUGGGGGCAGCUGGAGCCGGCCCAGAGGACCCUGUACCGAGAUGUGAUGCUGGAGACCUUUGGGCUCCUAGCCUCUGUGGGACACUGGCUCCCAAAGCCGGACGUCAUCUCCCUGCUGGAGCACGAGGCAGAGCUGUGGCUGGUGGACAAGGGAGCCCCCCGAGGUGUGUGCACAGACUUUGAAACUAGACAAACCAAACUAUCAACUGUGAAGCAAGACAUAACUGAAGAAAUACCCAAUAAUGCCCUGGUAGAAAGCUUCCUGUGGGAAAGUCUGUGGAACUCCAAGGGUGAAAAUGCUGAGGGCCACUGGGAACAGGGUCGCAAGAGGCCAGAUAGCCAUGUGGUGCAGGCUGCCUUCAUGCCUGUGAAGACACCCACUCAGGAGCAGCAGCAGGGGAAUGGGUUUGGGGAAAACUUGAGUCUGAGGCCUGAUCUCCCAACUCAACCAAUGACUCCUAAAAGGCAAGGCCCCCCCAUGUGGGGAACACAUGGAAAGAGGGAGAAUCCAGACUCAGAUACUCAACAGAAAACCUGUGCAAAAGAGAAGCCCUACAGAUGUGAGGAAUGUGGAAAGGCCUUUAGUCACAGCUCAGCACUCAUUGAACACCACCGAACACACACGGGAGAGAGACCUUACGAAUGUCACGAAUGUGGAAAAGGCUUCCGAAACAGCUCAGCACUUACCAAACACCAGAGAAUCCACACUGGUGAGAAGCCUUAUAAGUGCACUCAGUGCGGGAGGACCUUCAACCAAAUUGCCCCACUGAUCCAGCACCAGAGAACUCAUACAGGUGAGAAGCCCUACGAGUGCAGUGAAUGUGGGAAAUCCUUCAGUUUUAGGUCCUCCUUCAGCCAACACGAGCGGACACACACAGGUGAGAAGCCCUACACGUGCAGUCAGUGCGGGAAGGCCUUCCGGCAGAGCAUCCACCUCACCCAGCACCUGCGAAUCCACACCGGGGAGAAGCCCUACCAGUGUGGAGAAUGCGGCAAGGCCUUCAGCCACAGCUCAUCCCUGACCAAACACCAGCGGAUCCACACGGGGGAGAAGCCCUACGAGUGCCAGGCAUGUGGAAAAGCCUUCACCCAGAUCACACCACUGAUUCAGCAUCAGAGGACACACACAGGCGAGCGGCCCUAUGAGUGCAGCGAGUGCGGGAAGGCCUUCAGCCAGAGCACGCUCCUGACCGAGCAUCGGAGGAUCCACACAGGAGAGAAGCCCUACGGGUGCAACGAGUGUGGGAAAACCUUCAGUCACAGCUCGUCGCUUAGCCAGCACGAGAGGACGCACACGGGUGAGAAGCCCUACUCGUGCAGUCAGUGCGGGAAGGCCUUCCGACAGAGCACACACCUCACUCAGCACCAAAGAAUACACACCGGGGAGAAACCCUAUGAGUGUAGCGAGUGCGGGAAAGCCUUCAGCCACAGUUCGUCGCUGACCAAACACCAGCGGAUCCACACUGGGGAGAAGCCCUACGAGUGUAACGAGUGUGGCAGAGCCUUCAGCCAGCUUGCUCCACUCAUUCAACACCAGAGGAUCCACACGGGAGAGAAGCCCUAUGAGUGUAACGAGUGUGGCAGGGCCUUCAGCCAGAGCUCCCUCCUCAUAGAACACCAGAGGAUUCACACCAAGGAGAAACCCUAUGGGUGCAACGAAUGUGGAAAAUCCUUCAGCCACAGCUCAUCGCUCAGCCAGCAUGAGAGGACACACACUGGGGAAAAGCCCUACGAGUGCCAGGAUUGUGGAAAAUCCUUCAGGCAGAGUACCCACCUCACUCAGCACCGGAGGAUCCACACAGGAGAGAAGCCAUAUGAGUGCAGGGACUGUGGGAAAGCCUUUACACACAGCUCCUCCCUUACCAAGCACCAGAGAACUCAUGCUGGGUAGACCCACUCCACAUGUUCCAGGACACAGCAAAGCCUUAAGCCAUAGCGCAUCGCUUACUAGAUUUGACCCAGUCAUACUCCUGAGAAACAACACAAACAUUAUACACAAGCCUUCAUGCUCAGCAAACUCCUCACACCCCCACAGAGAGUUCACAUUUAAGGAAAUGAUUGUGGGAAUACCGAGCUCUGGGUCAUCCAUCCUGGGAUAUCAGAUCAUCCAGACAGUAGGGAAGUGUGGAGUUAAUCACUGUUGAGGACCUUCAGCCAUGAGUGGCCACUAAUGCUUCAUUAUACAACCUACAAAAGAGAAAUGGUAAAAAUGUAGUGGAUCUGGGGUGGCUUCUAAGGAUUCACCAUAUUCCAAACCAGAGAUUUUCAAAGUGGUGACAAACUCAGCAAAUGCCUUUCA